UCUCCAGCUCAGCAAAAGUGGGUGAUCCUUACAUAAUUUUCCUGGUAUGAUACACUCAUUUUCUUUCUCGAAACCCUGUGCCCACCCAGUGGCAGGGGURUAAAAGGAGGUCAGCAGCAGCAGGGGCUACCACACAGAGGAGAGCCUGACAGACACCCCAGCUCCGGCCUCACUUGUGCCUCCUUCAGCCCUCCCAGCAUCAUGAGGGUCCUCGCAGCUUCCCUGACUGUUCUGCUCCUUGUGACCAUCUGCUCCAUGGUGGGGGCCAGUCCCAGAGACUCCAGGACUCCUGCAYCAUCCCAGAAGCAAGAAACCAUCCCCGCCUGCUGCCUCACCUACAUUUCCCACCCCAUUCCAUUCAGAACGAUCCGCUCUGCCUACAGGACCGGCAACACCUGCCCACCUCACAAGCCAGCCGUGGUCCUGGUCACCAGUAGGGGGAGAAAGAUAUGCGCAGACCCCGAGGCUCCCUGGGUGCAGGAAUACCUGAAGCRCUUGGAGCUGUCGGUGUAGUGACUCUUCCCUGCUGCUGUCCAAGGCAAUGGGCUCGGCCCCCAGCACCARACCUGCAGUGAGAGUGCUUGAGCUUCAUCCCUCUUCAGCGGGAAAAUUAAUUACAAUUGACAUACACUUGUUAAAAUUUUUGCUUGCUUAAAUGUCUGAAUAAAGU